CGCACUCCGCGAAGUCCGAGGCACUUCCGCUGCAGGAGGUAGAGCUGGCGGCCUGGGUUCUUCUGAGCGAGCAAAGGAGGCUGUUUGUUAAAGAAAGCGCUUCACUCACAGAUGGAGUCAGAAGAGGUCCUCUGUGGAUUUUGCAGGACUACAGACAAGAUCAUGGUGCCUCCCAGCCUUCUUUCCUUCCUCCCGCAGCCCUGACUUAUAGAAGAAGGGAGUGAACCUGGGCUCCUCACAGCAGAGCUCCACCGUGACUGGACUCAGCAUUCCUCUUCUCUUUCAGAUGGACAAGUGGGAGAAGGCUGCAGGGAUGUCUGCUUCAUGGACAUCGUCAUUCUUCUCAGAGUGCCCAGCAAGACGUUGGCAAAGGAGAAUUAUUCAAUGACAUUUCCAUCGGGCAGAAGAAAAUGAUCUUCUAAAAAUUCACCUGAGAUGAGGACAGGUCCAGAGGUUUAGGUGGUUGGACCAAGGUCACUCAACUGGUACAGCAGUAGCCUCCUCAGAGACUCAGCCCUUUCCCAGAAGGAGGGGACAACAUGACCAAGUUCAAGGAGGUGGUGACCUUCAGGGAUGUGGCAGUGGUCUUCACUGAGGAGGAGCUGGGGCUGCUGGACUCUGCUCAGAGGAAGCUGCACCAGGAUGUGAUGCUGGAGAACUUUAGGAACUUGGUCUCACUGGGGCAUCAGCCAUUCAGCCCAGAUGUCAUACCCCAGUCAGAGAGGAAAGAAAAGCUUUGGAUGAUGAAAAUGACAACUCAGAAUGAUAACCUUUCAGGAGGCAAGAAUCUCAAUGAGAUGGAGACUCUUCACAAAGUUGAAUUACAGUUCCUUCCACAUGAAGAUCUUUUCUUCUCACAGAUCUGGCAACAAGUUAUAAGGGAGUUAACCAAGUGUCAAGAUUCCACGUUAAAUGUUCAAGGGACUGGCUCUCAAUUGGAAAAACAAGAUGAUAUAUCCUAUAAACACAAGGAGUUCAGUAGUCAGAGUUCACUUCUUCAAGUUCACUACAGAGUCCCCAGUGGUAAAAAACCCUACAAAGGAAAGGAAUGUGAGAAAAGUUUCAUUUGGUGCUCUCAUCUUCAAAGUAAUCAGAGGACCCAUGCAGGAGAAAAGCCCUACAAAUGUGAAAGAUGUGAUAACUCCUUUCGUCGGUUUUCAAGUCUUCAAGCCCAUCAGAGAGUCCACAGUAGAGAGAAAUCAUACAAAUAUGAUGGACUGUAUAAGGGUUUUAGUCAGAAAUCAUGUCUUCACCAGCAUCAGAGAAUCCCCACUGGAGAGAAUCCAUACAAAUGUGAGGACUACGGGAGGAACACUGGGAAGAACUCACAUUGUCAAGCUCCUCUGAUAGUCCAUACAGGUGAAAAACUCUAUAAAUGUGAGGAAUGUGGGGUGAGCUUCAGUCAGAACUCAUAUCUUCAAGUCCAUCAGAGAAUCCACAGUGGAAAGAAGCCUUAUAAAUGUGAAGAGUGUGGGAAGGGCUUUAGCUGGCGAUCACGACUACAGGCUCAUCAGCGAAUCCACACUGGAGAGAAACCAUACAAAUGUGAUGCAUGUGGCAAGGGCUUUAGUUAUAGCUCACACCUUAACAUUCAUUGUAGAAUCCACACAGGAGAGAAACCUUAUAAAUGUGAGGAGUGUGGGAAAGGCUUCAGUGUGGGGUCACACCUUCAAGCCCAUCAAAUAAGCCACACUGGAGAGAAACCAUACAAAUGUGAGGAGUGUGGAAAGGGCUUCUGUCGUGCCUCAAAUCUUCUGGACCAUCAAAGAGGCCAUACUGGAGAGAAACCAUAUCAAUGUGAUACAUGUGGUAAGGGCUUCAGUCGUAGCUCAGAUUUUAACAUUCAUUUUAGAGUUCAUACAGGAGAAAAGCCCUAUAAGUGUCAAGAGUGUGGGAAAGGCUUCAGUCAGGCCUCAAAUCUUUUGGCCCAUCAAAGAGGCCACACAGGAGAGAAACCAUACAAAUGUGAUACAUGUGGGAAGGGCUUCAGUCGGAGUUCAGAUCUGAAUGUUCAUUGUAGAAUUCACACAGGAGAGAAACCCUAUAAAUGUGAGAAGUGUGGUAAGUCUUUCAGUCAGUUCUCAAGUCUUCAAGUGCACCAGAGAGUCCACACUGGAGAGAAACCAUAUCAAUGUGCAGAGUGUGGGAAGGGCUUCAGUGUAGGUUCACAGCUUCAAGCCCAUCAGAGGUGCCACACUGGAGAGAAACCCUACCAAUGUGAGGAGUGUGGGAAGGGCUUCUGUCGGGCCUCGAAUUUUCUGGCUCAUCGUGGAGUCCACACAGGAGAAAAACCAUACCGAUGUGAAGUGUGUGGUAAGCGCUUCAGACAGAGAUCCUAUCUUCAAGCCCACCAGAGAGUCCACACUGGUGAGAAACCAUACAAAUGUGAGGAAUGUGGGAAGGUCUUCAGUUGGAGCUCAUACCUUCAAGCCCAUCAGAGAGUUCAUACUGGAGAAAAACCCUACAAAUGUGAGGAAUGUGGGAAGGGCUUCAGUUGGAGCUCAAGCCUUAUAAUUCAUCAGCGAAUCCAUGCUGAUGAUGAAGGUGACAAGGACUUUCCUUCAGAGAAUUCAUACAGGAAAAAAACACUAUAAACUUCCAUGUUUUAAUACCUUAAGUAGGUGCCAAAAUAUUCCACUUAUCAGAACUGUCACAGGAGACAUUUGUUUCACAAAAGCAUCAAUAUUUUAGCUACAACUUGACAUAUUACAGUGGUAGGAAGACCACACAGCAGAGAAGCCUUGGGAGAGUGGAGCCAUAUAGACUACAUUCAGAGCCUUGACCCUUAACAUAUAUGCAAACAAGAGGUUCAAGAAGGAUCAGUCUGAUCUGGAAUUAAUAAAAGUACUAAGAUGAAAAUGCCAAAAUCUAUUCCACUACAAUAUAAGCUCCAAGGCUAGAACUCUUGUUGACUGCUAAAUCCACUCUUGCUUUUUCAGUGCCUAACACAUUGUACAUUUUUCAGUAAUUGCCAAGUGAGUGAAAAUAGUCAUAUUUUUAAGUUUUAUUUAGUUUAUCUCUCAAAGUUGCUGUAAAAUGGUCUUCAGAAGAAUUUUAGAAGGUUUGGAGAACACUUAAGUUAGGCACAUGGACUCAUUUUCCUAAUUCUGCAGGUCCUAUGGACUGUUACCUAAAGUAACAACCAUUAGUGGGUCCAAAAAUCAGUUCAGUAGUUUGUGACCAGCAUUUCUGUAUCCUACCAGUACUUUAUAAGGGGUAUAACUUAUAUGCAGUAACAGGCAUAAAUCUUGAGUUCAUGGCUUCCUGAAUUUUGACAAAUGAAUACACUUAUGGUAGUUGUCACCUAGAUCUAUGUAUACAACAUUUCUAUUAAACAAUUUCUUUGUAUCCAUUUCCAGUCAAUUCUCCUUUCACUACCAUAGGUAUAGAAAUCACAGGUAUAGGUAGGCCUAGUCUUGAGCAUCAUCUGGUUUCAGUUUGUACUCUUGUGUCUGGAAUCUUGCGAAUAUAUGACCAGCUGAUAUUUGACAAAACUCAUCGUCCUAUCAUGAUAAAAGCUUUUCAAUGAGAUAAAUUAUCUGUGAAAAUCCUACAGGUUAACAUUGUUUUAAAUUAAGGAAUAACUUCAUAUGGUAAAACUGACUUUUUACUGUGUCAUUCUUUGUUUUGGCAAAUGCAUACUGUUAAGUGACCACAGUCACAAUCAAGACAUUUAACUCUUCCAGCACCCCUCCACCCUGUGUAUUCAACUUCUCUCCCCCUUCCCAGCCUUUAGCAACCACUGACCCUUUUUCUGUCUGUAUAGAUUACCUUCCCAAGAAUGUCAUAUAAAUGAACCCCUACGGUAUGUAGCCUUUUGAAUCUGGCUGCUUUCACUUAGCUUAAUGUUUCUGAGAUCCACCCAUUUUAUGUGUCAUUCUUUUUUAUUGCUGAAUAAUAUUCUGUUAUAUAGAUGUACCAAAUUUGUUUAUUUACCACUUGAAGGAUAUUUGGCUUUCCAGAUUUAGGGAUUCUGAAGAAAGCAGCUAUAAAAAUUGGCACAGAAUUUGGUGUAUCAACCUGUUUUUCUUUCAUCUUCAUAAAUAACCUAGGAUUACUGCUGGGUCAUAUGGUAACGGUAUGCUCAACUUUAUGAAAAACUGACUUUUUUUUUUUUCUAAAAUGGCUUUACCAUUUUACAUUCCCACCAUCAGUGUAUAAAAGUUCUGGUUUGUUACCAUCAUCAUGUGGUAUGUCAGAAUUUUGUUUUGCUUUUUUGUUUUUUGUAUUUCAAAGGUUUACAGUGGUAUCAUUUGGUUUAAAUUUAUAUUUCCAUAAUGACUAUGUUUAGCAUCUGUACAUAUGCUUGUUUGCUAUCUAUCUGCCUAAUUUAUUUGAUGAACUGUGUUCAAAU